AUGAGAGACUCUUCCUUGGGGGUGCAAAGCUUUCUGGUGGAUGCUUGUUCAUUUCUCCUGGAGCGUGUUGGGACAGUGGGUAUCUUCAGAAAACCAGGCUCUCUCCCUCGCAUCAAAGCCCUUAGGGCCAAGCUGAAUAGUGGAGAGGCAUGUCUACCUACAGCGGCCCCCUAUGAUGUGGCCACCCUCAUCAAGCAGUUCGCCAGGGAGCUACCAGAACCGUUAUUUCCUUCAGAGAUCCAAGAAGCUAUGCUCAAAGCACAGAUGCUGGCUUCUCUGCAGGACAGAACCUCGGCCCUCCAAAUGCUGUCCUGCUUAUUGCCUGCCAGAAACACUUCCUGUCUACAUUACUUGUUCAACUUCCUGGCCGGAGUAUCCCACAGAUGUGAAGACAACCUGAUGACCAGCUCCAAUCUGGCCACCGUCUUUGCUCCCUGUCUUUUACCGCCUCCCAACAUGGAAGAGCUGUCCGAAGGGCGCUUUGAACUCCGAAUUCUCGUCCUGCGCGCCUUCAUCGAAAAGCCACAAUCAUUUGGUGCGAUUCCUAAAGUUGUCAUGGAUAGUAUGGAAUUCCUGAUGAGCUUCCAUCUGGCGGAGGAGCCGAGCUCAAAGAAAAGAACUCGAAAGAGUCACAGUUUGAAAGUGAAGACUGUGCCCUGGUUUCACGGAAGGUCAAAGGUCAGGACACCAAUCACUCAGCAGACGCAAGAGUCCAUCCUGCAAGACCGACCGACCCUCAGGAGGAGUCUUGGUCUGGGGACUUUCCCUAAUGUCGUCCUCUUUAGGACCUGCAUGCCUUGUGCAGUUUCCAUCUCGGAGGCCUUGAGUCCUGGCACAGAGUCUACACUACAGAAAAUGAAAAAGUGA